UUUCCGGUCGGUCACGUUGUGCUGUUGCUGCUCAGAAAUGGCGGAUAUGGAUGAAUUGUUCGGCAGUGACGGAGACAGCGACAAUGAGCAGCGAGAGUCUGGCUCCGGGUCUGGUUCUGACUCAGAGCAGGAGCGGCAUCAGUCUGCCAGCAAUGCCUCGGGCAGUGGCAGUGACAGCGAGCGUGGACGAGGAGAUGAUGAUGAUGACGACGAAGAGGAAGGCCAGGAGGCAGGAAAAUCUAGCAUGAAUAAGGAACUUUUUGGAGAUGACAGUGAGGAUGAACAGCAUAGUCAGCACAGUCAGCAUAGUCGGCACAGUCAGCACAGUCAACGCAGUCAACACAGCGCCAGUGACAACCUGUCAGAGCGCUCAGGGAAUCAAUCGGAUGCCAGCAUCCAGUCAGACCAGGGGGACAACGAUCACUCAGACGCAGAGCAGCACAGCGGCUCGGAGCGUGGCCACCGAGAUGAUGAUGAAGAUGACGAGGACAGGGGCCACCGCUCAGAUGGAGGAAGCCCAGCUGAAGGAAGCCCAGCUGAAGGAAGCCCGGCUGGAGGAAGCCCAGCUGAAGGGAGCCUGGCUGGAGGAAGCCCAGCUGGCAGUGGUAUGUCUGGAGCAGGUAGCCCUCGCUCUGAGAGGGGCAGCGUGCGUUCAGACCGAAGUGUCCACAGUGGUCCUGGGACUCCACAGUCGGGACCGCCUACUCCUCACAGUGAUGGAGAAGCUUCAGGCAGGGAGAACCAGUCAGAUGACGAGAAGUGGGAAGGAGGUGCCAAAAGUGACCAGUCAGAGGAUGAAGAUGAGAAACGUCAUUACUCCGAUGAAGAAAGAGAGAACUCUGACGAUGAGGGGCCGAGGAACAGGAAGUCAGAGUCUCCAAAGGGCAGUGAUAGUGAAGAUGAGUUCAUCAGACAGAAAACAAAACCUAAAGCCACCUCUGAUUCUGAUUCAGACAGUGAUGUUGGCACAAAGAAAGUAAAGAAAACUGCAGCAGACGACCUGUUUGGAGAAGCUGAUGACAUCUCAUCAGAUAGCGAUGCAGAGAAGCCUCUGACUCCGGGACAGCCCCUGGACACUGAGGAUGGCAUGGAGGGAGAGCAGGCAGAAGAGGAGCCUGCACCUGAAACACGUAUCGAAGUAGAAAUCCCAAAAGUCAGCACAGACCUGGGAUCUGACCUUUAUUUUGUCAAGCUGCCCAACUUCCUGUCUGUGGAGCCCAGACCCUUUGAUCCUCAGUACUAUGAGGAUGAAUUUGAGGAUGAAGAAAUGCUGGAUGAAGAGGGACGGACCAGGCUCAAACUGAAGGUGGAGAAUACUAUUCGUUGGAGGGUCAAGAAAGACGAGGAGGGAAUUGAAACACGAGAGAGCAACGCUCGCAUUGUUAAAUGGUCUGACGGCAGCAUGUCCCUCCACCUGGGGAAUGAAGUUUUUGAUGUUUACAAAGCUCCUCUCCAGGGAGACCACAACCACCUGUUCAUCCGACAGGGCACUGGACUGCAGGGACAGGCUGUGUUCAAAACCAAGUUGACCUUCAGGCCCCACUCCACAGACAGCGCCACCCACAGGAAGAUGACCCUGUCUCUGGCCGACCGUUGCUCAAAGACACAGAAGAUCAGGAUCCUCCCGAUGGCUGGACGAGAUCCAGAGUCACAUCGCAAUGAAAUGAUCAAGAAAGAGGAGGAGCGGCUGCGAGCAUCCAUCCGCAGAGAGUCCCAGCAGAGGAGGAUGAGGGAGAAGCAGCACCAGAGAGGCCUGAGCAGCAGCUACCUGGAGCCCGACCGCUAUGACGAUGAGGAGGAGGGUGAGGAGGCCAUCAGCCUGGCAGCCAUCAAGAGCAAAUACAAGGGAGGAAGUGGCCUGAGAGAGGAACGAGCGAGGAUCUACUCGUCAGACAGCGACGAGGGCUCCGAUGAUGACAAAGCUCAGAGGUUAAUGAAAGCCAAGAAGCUGGACAGUGAUGAGGAAGGUGAAGGGUCGGGAAAGAGAAAGGCAGAAGACGAUGACGACGAGGCGGCCACCAAGAAGGCCAGGAAAUAUGUUAUCAGUGAUGAGGAAGAUGAAGAAGAGGGGGAGGAAGAGGAUGAAUAAAUCACGUUUCUUUUUUUUUUAUCAGUGGUCAGCCCACAUGGCAUAUAAACAGCCAUAUUUUGUUAUGUAUAUUUCUUUUCUUAAAACCUGUGUGUGUGUGUGGGUGAGUGAGUGAGUG